GCUGGGUUUUCGGGUUGUAGAGUCCGGCAAAGUGUCGAACUGAAGGUAGAAGUGAAGAGGAAGUACUUUUUAAUGAUGGAAAUCUAACGAAUCACACUUUCUACAGGCGAGCAGAGGGAGCAGCCAGCCAUGCCCGCCCAACCCCCUGUGAGGGAGCCGGAGGAGGAGAUGGAGGCAGAAGGAGAGUCGCAGCUCCCUGAGGCCAACGGAGAGGUGGAGCAACCGAGAGAGAACGAGAGAGGAGGAGAGGAGACGAUGGAGGAGAGCACGGAGGAGAGGGACAGCGACUUGGACGAGAGUGAAGAGGAGGAGGAGGAGGAGGAGGAGGAAGAGGAGAGUUCAGAGAUGGAUGAUGAAGACUGUGAGCGGAGGAGAGGAGAAUGCCUCGAUGAGAUGCUGGAUCUGGAAAAACAAUUUCAGGAGCUCAAAGAGAAGUUGUUUCGGGAGCGGCUGAACCAGGUGAAAGUGAAGCUGGACGAGGUGCUGACAGGAAAGGCCGGCGAGUACAGAGAACCACUGGCUGCACUGCAGAGCAGCAUGCAGAUACGAACACAAGUGGCUGGAGUGUACAGAGAGCUGUGUCUGCAGGUGAUCAAACACAAGCACGAGUGUGAACUACAAGGAGCAAGGCAGCACCUGGAGAGUGAGAGGACGUUGCUGUUCGAUGCCAUGAAGACAGAACUGCUGGAAAAGAUCAGAAGGCUAGAGGAGGACAGACAGAACAUCGACCUCACCUCAGAGUGGGGCGACGAGAUGAGGAGCAAGAAGUGCAAGAGGAAGAACCUGCUGGGACGGUCGGAGAGGAAAAAGAAAGUAGCUCUGGUUUCAGGGCCUUUCAUUGUCUACAUGUUGAGAGACAUCGACAUCCUUGAAGACUGGACUGCGAUCAAGAAGGCAAAGGCAGCACUGUCGCCACUGAAAAAGAAAGCUGAUAAGCGGUGAUAGUAGGAGAAGCUUUUUUGAAGACCAGUGGCAAAGAAACCAACAUUAACACACACACACACUUCUACUAACGGUUAUGGUGUUGUCUCCUUUGACUAGGGUUGGACCGAUGUAAAAAUAUUGAAAUCAGUUUAAUAUUAAGCCAAAGACUGGAUCGGCAAUGCCAAAUUUUACCACUAGGUGUCGCACAGGACUCAGCUGCUCCCGAGUGCAACACAAUGGGGUCCCGUGAAUGAGUGCAUAAGGGCAUGACAAGCGGGACCACUGCGUGACACAAUGGGUGCAUCCAAAGUCUCUUACUUGACAUUUCCUCGCUCCUCGAAUGAGCCAGAAGCCGUUCUGAUAAGCCGUCUUGCAACCUGUCCCAAAGCUCUUAUUCCUGAUCUGUGAGGAGCCACGAGCGAGGACGCAAUUAAAGACAGAUUACAGAUUAAACUGCAUCGCUCCCAGGUUUUAUAUUUUACUUAUUUUCUAAUUCACAAUCCACUCACAAAUGCUUGUUACUAUUUGGUCUGAACAACCGAAGGAGCACAAACAACAUUUAUUAGAAUGAUUUUUUUGUGCGUGAUCUGUUAUUCCCACCAUUAACCUUUAUUAUGGAUGUAAUUAAAGUGUUCCAGUGUUCACAAGACACCAAAAUCACAUUCCGGGUUACUGAAUAAUGACUUUAAAUCCAGAACAUCCACAAAUAUGGAUUCCAGUAAUGAGUGAAUAUAAACACAUUCUGUCAGGAGAAAUGGUUCCUGUAAUGCAGGUUGUUAUUCUUGUUUCUUCUCUCUAAAGAUGCAUGUGAGGGAAAUGUGGAUGCAGUUUGACUUAGGAUGUACCCAGUGUGUGUUAGGAAGCAGCCUCUGCUUGUCCAUGGUAGGUUUUAGACAGAAAAAGGACUCAUCGGGAAGCUUUUACUGUAUGAGUUGUCGUCAGCUGGGCUGUCUGUCCUCUGCCCCGCCCCCUGUGUGUGGAGGGGCUGAGCCCCGCCCACGAUCGACAGGGGAGAAGCUAGGGUGACCAAAACUGAGUCUUACACUGAGCUGAGAUGACAUGAGUAGACAUAAAUUAGAACAAACAUCAUAUUGUGUUAAUCGCGUUAUGAUAUUGCUGGAUUGUUGGAUUUACUGCCGCUGGCACAGGUUGCUGAUGUAGGCUACUUUUUUAAUUUGCCUGAACAUCUCUUACUACAAAUACCGGUUCAGUAGGUUCACAUAAAAUCAAACCGGUUUAAGCUCGAACACCAGACCAGACUGGCCAAACCAGAAACCAACCCGACCUUUGACCCCAGCAACCGACCGCCCUACUGCUUGUUUGUUAUCUAUUGCUAUUUAAAAUAAGUUCUUAAUGAUAUGACAACCAUGUAUUUAUAGAAUGAUUUAUAAUGGUGAUUAAAAUUUUAAUCUUUUGUGA